AUGAUUAAGUCUAAUUUAAUAUUAUUGGCAUUUUAUCUGUGUGCGUUAAUUGGUGCUCUAUCAGUCCAUCCUUUAAAGACUUUGGUGCUAUAUGAUGAAAGGUUAACAGAAUUGAAUGAGUAUUCAAAAUUUUUUAAAUCUUUGAAAGAUCGUUCUUAUGAAUUACUAUAUCAAGAAAUUGGCAAUAAUACAGAAUCAAUUCCUUUAUUCGAUAAAGAAGAUAGAUUGUACGACAAUUUGGUUGUUUUCCCAGUUAAAGGGAAGCAUUUAAACAAAUUAAUUCCUGUGAAGAGUUUCUUACAAUUUUAUGAAAAUGGAGGUGACAUUUUAACUGUAACCAAUCCAGAUGCUGUCACUGAUUCUGUCCGUUUCUUUCUCAAUGAAUUAGGGGUCUAUCCAAGUCCUAAAGAUUACGUUUUGACAGAUUAUUUUGAAGAUAUCCCAGAAAAAGUAUCAGUAUCAUCUGAAAACUUACUUUCAAAUCGUGUAUACUCUGUUAAAGAGAAGAAGGAUUUUGUAUUCCAAAACAGUGGUGCUGCGUUAUUGGAUAAUAGAGAACAAAUAGUGCCAAUUUUGAAAGCACCAAGAAGAACAUCUACUGAAUUAAAGAAUAAAGAAUCUUGGACUGUUGGCUCACAAGGGUUUUUGGUUGCUGGUUUCCAAAACUUAGUAAAUGCUCGAAGUGUUUGGGUUGGUAGCCAAGAUUUUUUCAAGAACCACUAUUACAACAUUAAUGGUGAAUUUAUUGAAGAAUUAACCAAAUGGAAUUUCAGGGAAAAGGGCGUCAUUAAAAGUUCUGGUGCCACUCAUACGCACUCUGAUGGCACAAGCUAUAGUUCUCUGCCAUAUAAAAUUAAGGAUACAGUAAUUUAUGAGAUUGGUUUGUCUGAGUGGACAGGUGAGAAAUGGGUACCAUUCAUUGCAAAUGAUAUUCAGUUUGAAUUGAGCAUGGUUGAUCCAUACUACAGAUUAACUUUACAACAGGCACAUAAGGACGAAACAACUCAGUAUUAUACCUCUGGUGAGUUCAAGCUACCAGACCACCAUGGUGUUUUUACAUUUUCCACAAACUAUAAAAGAGAGGGUUUGACUUUUGUAUCUGAAUCCGAUGUCAAGGCAAUUCGUCAUCUUGCAAAUGAUGAAUAUCCAAGAAGUUGGGAAAUUACUAACGCCUGGGUAUAUAUAAGUUCCAUUUACGGAAUAAUUGGAACAUGGGUGAUUUUUGUUAUAUUUUUUGUUGUUUCAUCAAAAAGACAUGUCUCUGUCGAAAAGAAAAAUAAUUGA